CACAUUCGGCAUUCCAUAUAUUCUCUAAGAGCAAGAAGCUCAAGGCAAAAAAAAAUGGCUAAAAAACCACAACACAUGGCCGGGAAAGACAUGGGUUGCGGUUUCAUGGGAUCAAUUUUCAGCUCCAAGCCGCGGAAAACACCUCAAGUUCCGCGGCUUGAAGCUUCAAAAGAACACCGCCAAACCCAUGUUCCCGGCAACAAUACUUCAAAAAAACCACCACGAACCACCACUACCGCCGCUACAGAAAUAGUAUACACCGGCUUCUCAAAACCAGUUGUUAAGAACCCUCGUCCGCCACCACUACCACCCAUCACGGUUAAAAAACCAACUAUCGUUAAAAGUAAGCCAGUUAUUCAUAACACUAAAUAUGAUUCACUAUCCAAAAGUGCAUUAUAUAAUGUUUCACAAGUAACCAAUGUGUCAUACACUAAACAACUUAGAAAAGAGCCCAGCUUCACGUCAAGCGAGUUAAGUUUAAGAAUUUCGGUCCGUGGAACACCACAUUCAAAUGGGUCGACUUAUCGGGCCUCAUCAAACCAUGUUAUGGUUCCGGGCCAUUUGGGAAAUCUAAUGAAGAAAAAACCUGUUGAGAGUAAUAUAAAGAUCAGUAAUAAUUAUGGAAACAAGCAAGGAAAUAUUUAUGGAAAUUCGGCUAGGAAACCUGACCAUGAGGCGUUUAAAAACAUGGGUAACGAAAGAUAUAAAGAAGGACGGUUUGAUGAAGCAAUUGCAUUGUAUACCGAAGCAAUUGGGAUGGAUUCGAGAAUAGCUUCUUAUUAUAGUAAUAGAAGUGCUGCAUUGAUAGGUUUAGGAAAACUUACUGAUGCAAUUCUAGAUUGUAAAAUCGCUAUUAGGAUUGAUCCUUCUUAUCAUCGGGCCCAUUACCGUCUAGCCUCCCUCUAUAUCAGGUUUGGGGAGGCAGAGAAGGCUCUAUGUCAUUAUAAGUGUUCAGGGGAGAAAGCCGAAAGGCACGACAUUGCAAAAGUACACGCGAUUAAAGCGCAAUUAGUUACAUGUUUAGAGGCUCGAAAAAUCAAGGACUGGAAAAGAUUGCUAAAAGAAAGUCAGUUUGUAUCGUCUUUAGGUGCCAGUUCAUGCCUUCAGGUCUACGCUAUGCAAGCCGAGGCAUUACUAAAUCUUCAUAGACAUGAAGAGGCGUAUUCUGGCUUUCAAAAUGCACCCGUUAUAGAUGUUAACAUAUCGGCUCAGUUGUUUGGAUCAACGGUUACUACUAACUUCUUAAUGGUCCAGGCACAAGUUUACUCGGCAUCAGGAAGGUUCGAGGAAGCAGUGAGUAUUGCGUUACGAGCAUGUGAGCUAGAUCCAAGUGAGGCAGUUUUUAGCGUAGCAAGGAAAACCCGAGCAUUGGCAAAAGCCCGGGCCAAUGGUAACAAGAUUUUCAAGGCAUCAAAAUUCUCCGAAGCGUGUAAUGUAUAUAGCGAAGGACUAGAGCACGAACCCUACAAUUCAGUAUUGUUAUGCAAUCGGGCUGCUUGUCGUUACAAACUAGGCCAAUUUGAACGGGCCGUAGAAGAUUGCACCAUAGCCCUUAACUUAAGACCUUCUUAUGCUAAAGCUAGACUCCGAAGAGCCCAAUGCAAUGCCAAGUUGGAAAAAUGGAAGGCCGCGAUUCAAGACUAUGACGUUUUGAAUCACGAAACACGAGGAAAUGAGGAAGUCGAACGUGAACUCUUAGAAGCUCGAAUGCAACUUGAAAAAGAGCACAUUACAGAUACAAAAUCCGUAAAAUUAAUUGAUAGUCGUAACACGCAUGAAUUUGGAGGCUUUUUAACCUCUGUUUAAAACAAAUAACUAUAUGAUUAACAAAGUACCAAACCGACGGACUAAAAUACUUUUUAGAUUGGGCCGGCUUAAGUUUUAAUUUGUUUAUUUAUUUUUGAGUACGUGUGAAUUCUGUUUUAUUUUAGAUUUUGGAUUGGAUGGUGCGAGUGCGACUAACAUAGUGUCAUAUUGUAAUUUUUUUUGGAUCCGUACAAUGAUUUCUGGGCCCAAGUUGAAACAUUAUGUCGUUUAUUCAAUUAGCAAAGAUGAAUAAACUAGUUUCGAGACGGCAUCUUUGAAAUUGUUUUGUUGGACAUAUUAGGUGAAUAUUUAUUUUCUUAAUUCUAUUUAUA